GUAACCGGUUAGUGUAAAUCUUUGACGUCACAUCCGGGUACCAAUCACUUCCGGAUGCGGUGGGACGGAGUAGAAAACAUCGCAGGUCCAAGGAUUACUAACGCCGCCGACCGAGUCACCGCAGACGCUUGGAGUCACUUUGGUGGUUUUGACUAGAAGAAUAUUAAUCCUUGAAGUCACGUGAUUUCGUACAGAAGCAGCUCGCGAGCGCGUCAUUUCGUGUUUACGUCUUCCUGCUAGCUUAGCCCCGGUUAGCCCGUUUAAAUGUCCGGUCCGCAGAGCGCUUCAGGCUCCGAGAUGACAGGAGGACUUGUUGCUCUCUGAGGCGACACUUGGGCUGGGAAACUUUUCGAUUACAUUUUUGUAGAAUUUAUAUCUUUUUUGUGAACAACUCAACUUUUCACCACUGGAAAUAGUCAUUUUAUUUGAGGAACAUCUUUGUAAAAACACUCGACCGAAGCUUCUCCCAGAAUGGGUGUAAUCUGGACUUCAGUCGCCUCCGCGGAUUGGGAGCUGGAAGUCGUCGUUAAAUAGUCCCCCGCUGUCGGCCGGCAGGAUCACACGCAGCGCCGGGACUCCGUCUGCCGAGGGGAAGGGCGACUGAUCCGGAUCAUUUCUACGCACGAGCCGCUCCUCCGCUCAACAGGAUGAACGGCCUGUCGCUCAGCGAGCUCUGCUGCCUGUUCUGCUGCCCGCCCUGCCCCAGCCGCAUCGCAGCCAAGCUGGCCUUCCUGCCCCCGGACCCUUCCUACACCUUCCUGCCGGACCCGGAGGCGGGCACCGCCCCGCCGUGCGGGCCGCAGGCCCAGCGCUCGCAGACUGGAGCGGCAGCCGCUGGAGGCGGGAGCUCGGUGGCUGCGGAGGGGAGGUGGAAGCUUCACCUGGCGGACAGGGCGGACUUUCAGUACGGCCAGGCGGAGCUGGACAUGAUGGAGGUGCUGUACACUCGCUCCAGCAGAGGGAACAGAAUCGGCUGCAUGUUCAUCCGCUGUGCGCCCAAUGCCAGAUUCACCGUCCUCUUCUCCCACGGGAACGCCGUGGACCUCGGCCAGAUGAGCAGCUUCUACAUCGGCCUCGGCACGCGGAUCAACUGCAACAUCUUCUCCUACGACUACUCGGGCUACGGCGUCAGCACCGGGAAGCCUUCGGAGAAGGAUCUGUACGCAGACGUGGACGCCGCCUGGCACGCUCUGAGGACGCGGUUCUGCAUCAGCCCCGAGAACAUCAUCCUGUACGGUCAGAGCAUCGGCACCGUUCCCACCGUGGACCUGGCGUCCAGGUACGAGUGCGCCGCUGUGAUCCUCCACUCGCCUCUGACGUCCGGCAUGCGAGUGGCUUUUCCCGAAACGAAGGAGACGUACUGCUUUGACGCGUUUCCCAACAUCGAGAAAGUUUCCAAAAUCACGUCUCCGGUGCUCAUCAUUCACGGGACGGAGGACGAGGUGAUCGACUUCUCGCACGGCCUGGCCCUGUUCGAGCGCUGCCCCAAAGCCGUGGAGCCUCUGUGGGUGGAGGGGGCGGGGCAUAACGACAUCGAACUGUACAGCCAGUACCUGGAGCGCCUGCGCCGCUUCAUCCUGCAGGAGCUGGCCGUGCAGCAUCCCUGAUGACGCCACGGCCCGUUCUCUGAGGCGCUGAUCCGAACUGCUCCCCGAAGAGGCCGCGCGUGGUGUCCUCGCGUUUACGGCGGCGUCACGUGGACGUGGAGAUGGUUAGCUUUGACGGUUUUGACGUUUCGCUCAGGUAUCGGUUGUUUUAGCGUCUGCGUGUUCCUCCUCAGAGCCGAGGGUUUUAGCAGCGAGAGCUGCAGCUAGCUUUAACUUUAACCUCCUCAUCAACCCACCUUUGACCCCGACGCUGAAGCUCCGCCCCCGUCUUGGUGGUAGCGGUUCAUUGGGUUUCAGUUUUAGAACUGCCUGUUUCAGAGAUCAAUUUUUUUCUCCUUUUUUACCCCCCAGGAGUCCAAAUCCUCCAAAAAUCUCAGAUUUUUAUGAAGUUUUGGUUCAAAAAGACAAAAGUUUUCUAACUUUGUAAACCGACGGACGGUCGGACCUUUUCCAGACGGUUUUCUAACAGACAGAAGAAAAACUUUAUUUAUAGCUUUCAGGACAAACACUGUCGGCACUUUUUCACCUGAAGGACUUUUCUUAAAGGAGAUCUUCAUGUUCCAGACUCUCAAAAAGUGUUUCAUUUUUGUUUUGGGUUCUGACCCAGAAGCCCCGCCCCCGCGGCCCGGUCCACCCAAUCAGCUGCAGCGUUCUCCUCAGGUUUUACAUCUCUGCCAAAGGGAACCAGGAUUUCUGCUUCCUGCUCGUUUGCUUCAAUGGGAAUAAAAAUCAAACGUCACCAAAGUCUGAAUUCAAAACCAAAACCAUCUUCUUCGUGAGAAGGUCCAAGUGGAAAACCUGCUGAAAGCUGCAGACGGCUGCAGACGGUCUGCAGACGGCUGCAGACGGCUGCGGCAGACUCUGCAGCUCUGAGAGCUUUGGGUCAGAGAAACUUCAGGUCUGCUUUUCUAUUUAUCUACCAAAGUUCUGCUUUUUCCAGAACCGUCCGAAAAUCCGGGAAAGUCUUUUGGUUCUCGGUGGUUUCUCGUGUGGAUCUUCUAACGUCUGUUUUUUAAUCACGUCAGCGUUCAGAAAGCCAUCAGACACAAACGGUUUCUGUUCUUCCAAACUGUAACUUUUCUCUUCAGAAAACCAAACAUCAUGUGGGCGGAGACACCGAGGUGCAGGAAUCACUUUCAUAUCUUCCUAAUAAUAGUUUAUUGAAAACUUUUUAGUUUUGAAAAUUAUUUUAUUUCUUUCUGUGGAUUAAAGAGAAAAAGUCAAUAAAAUAUUUUGAGUGUUUGAUGACAAAA